AUGAAGUUCUUCGCUCUUACUCCACUACUACUAUCCAUUGGUGGAGCGGCUGCUAACGCCCGCUAUUGUCUCUGCGCUGCCGACGGCAAUGGCGAAGACCAAGCCACGAGAAGAGUAUGCAACCGGUACAUAGAGGGCGUGCUUAAGAUGAAUGAUGGCGGGUCGGUGCAUCUAGGCAAGACCUCCGAUGGGCUGGAUCAUGACCUGUGCGUCGGUGACACCGAUGAUGCGUUCAUUUGGGAAGAUUUUGGGCGCCAAUGUCAGGAGAUCGGCAAGGUCGCCUCCCUCAACUGUUGGAGAGAUGAUGAUUAG